GUCGCUCGGCUUCAGCUCGCCCACGACGAGAACGAGACAACCCCCCGCAUUUCAAAGCGUCCUUGGGCCGUGAGCGUGAGGAGGCGCCAUGGCCAGCGCCGGCGGGCGGCGGCGGUCCAAGGCGAAGCCGCGGGCGAGGGCCGGGGGCAAGGCGAAGAAGAGGACCAAGUACCUUAGCCUCACCGAGCUGCUGGUUAAGGCGCACGCGCAGGUGGGAGCGUCGCCACGGUCCCCGUGGGAGGACGAGGAGGCGGUGGCGGCGGAAGUGAAGCCGGAGGACGACGCCUGCGGUGACGACGACGACGACCACCACCACCACCACCACGAGGCGUCCACCCUGUUCGAGGCCGUGCCGGCGCCGUCGCUCUCCGACAUCCUGGGCCCGUCGCCGCCCGAGUCGCCGGCCGGCUCCGGCUCCGGGGCGCUGCCGGGCGCCGAGGAGGAGGACCUCCCGCGCCGCGCGCUGCGGGGCAGGGCCAGGGAGCGCUGGGUGUACUGCACCGGCGGGCCUUCGCCGCCACCGCCAGCGACGGCAACCGGCACCGCCACCGCCACCGCGUCGCCGUGCUCGUCCGCCGCGAGCACGGGCGCGUCGCCGCGCUCGCUGCUGCUCAAGCUGGACUACGACGAGAUCCUCGCGGCGUGGGCGGGCUGCGGGCCGCUCUACAUCGGCGCCGCCGUCAGCCCGCGUCCGGUCCUCGCGGACGCUGAGGUGGCUGUAGGAAGGGCGGAGAGGGUGAGGCGGUACAGGGAGAAGCGGCGGCGGCGGCGGCUCUUCUUCGCGAGGCGGGUCCGGUACGAGGUUCGCCGGCUCAACGCCGUCAAGCGGCCGCGGUUCAAGGGCCGUUUCAUUAAGGAAGAGGAAAGGGAGCUCCGGCCUGCGCCUGCAUAGCCUCCUGCCCUGCCCUCCUUCUCCUUUGCUUCUUCCACGGCUGAAGCAUUCAUUGAGCUGUCUGUCUGUCUGUCUGUCUGAUGUAUGCUUCCCAAAUCUACUGCAUAUCACACACAGUCAUAGACUGACAGACCACAAGUCCACAACAUGUGACCCGUUCCUAGUCAGAUAGGCCCACCUGUCAGCCAACGUUCUAUGUAGAGUUUGUCUUGUUCCUUGCGCCUGCCACAGUGCCACCUGGGUGGACGAGAGCGGGAGGCGGGAGCAGUGUCGGCGACGCCGAUGGCUCGGAAAUCCUUUGGCAAUAAAAAAGAAAAAGAACUGAGGGAAUAACUACGAAGU